AAUUUCAGCGCAGCGAAAGCUCCGUUUCUGGCUAGGUUCAAAGUGAAACAAUGUGGUGUUGAGGAGCUAGAAAGAAUAGGCCUCGAGGUAGUGAAAGUUCUCUCUUUUUUCCUGUAUCAAUGUUUCUUACGAGCAAUUUUUCAAUGGUUUUUCUCUUUCCAGGCUCAGUCACGAGAAAAAGGCAAAGCUCCGCCCCCUGAGGCUGAUUUGAAUGAGCUUAGAAAAGCUAAUGGUUCUAAAAUUUGCUGGCAAGCUGCCAUAUUUAAAGUUGGUGACGACGUGCGACAAGAUAUGUUAGCACUUCAGUUAAUGCAACUGAUGAAGAACGUAUGGGCUGGAGUUGGACUACCCGUCUGCGUGUUUCCCUAUAGAGUGGUUGCUACUUCACCAGGAUGUGGUGUUAUCGAAUGCGUUCCAAAUUCAAAAAGUCGCGACCAGUUGGGGUUGUACGAAUAUUUCAAGACCACUUACGGAGAUGAAAGCAGCGAAUCUUUCCAAGAAGCGAGAAGAAAUUUCGUGCGCAGCAUGGCUGGUUACUCUGUGUUCAGCUUCCUUUUGCAAAUCAAGGACAGACAUAAUGGAAAUAUCAUGAUUGAUUUGGAUGGACACAUCAUUCAUAUCGACUUUGGAUUUAUGUUUGAGAGCAGUCCUGGAGGAAAUCUUGGGUUUGAGCCAGAUUUCAAACUUAGUGAGGAAAUGGUAGCGAUCAUGGGCGGAAAGAUGGAAGCGGCACCGUUCAGACAGUUUGCGACACUCUGUGUGCAGGCGUAUCUGGCAGUGAGGCCAUAUCACAAGGCUUUCGUUUCGUUAGUUUCUUUAAUGCUGGACACUGGUUUGCCAUGUUUUCGCGGAAAGACCAUUCAACAAUUGAGAGCA